UGACACGAUGCAUAUGGAUGUACGACCGAGAUAGGAUAUCAUUUCCAGAAGUCAUGCUGCGCCUGGGCAGGUGCGUGAGGCAGGCAAGCAAGCAAGCACUGCUCCGACCCGUCUACCCAUGACCAUGACCGCGACAAACAACCGUCGAGAAAGCAGAUGGAGUCUAUAUCUACACCGCCCAAAUCCACGUCCGUCCAUCAUCGCACGCAUACCCAAACGCACCAUGCCACCUCCAGACAUCCGCCUCCACCUUGCUUCUACCACCUUCUCCCCAUCACUCUACGCGUCUCGCUCGCCCACACCACCAUAUAUAGCCUACCUCAUCUUGCACACCCUCCCGCCCCCGCGCCGCAGGUCUGAAACCGACAUUUACAUCCGCCGCCGGGAAUCUCCACGCAUCCCGCCUGCACUCCGCGCCAUCUGCUCCCAUUACUGCUGCUCCUGCUCGUGCUCCUGCCGCUACCGAUGCUGCUGCAUAAACAUCACCGUCACCAUCCUUUUCCAGGCGUGCACCCAUACCGGGGCUGUUUGUCCGCGCAUCCGCGUCGUCGUGCUGGAGUAGAUCUUGCACCGACACCGCUCUCUGAAUACCGUCGUGCUUUCAAAGAGGAGAUCGGCGUGGCGGAUUGUGGAGAUGGAGGGCAGGGUUGGGAAUGCUGGAGAGGAGGGGAGAUCUGGGUUGUUGAAGGUAAGAGGGAGACGGUCGGGGCUCAGCACGGGAGGGGGAGUGGGGGAGAGUGAGAGUUUUGCAAGGGAUUGGCAGAGGUUUGUAGGUGGUUGGAAAACGGGUUGUCGAGCUUAACAAGAUCAAUUUCGAGAGACUCAAUCGUAGGUGGUUUUGGAGCGGCGAUUUCUAGAAGGCGUUGACUUCUCAA